CCUUGACAAUUGAACACUAUACAUACCUAUGUACCUCCUAUCAUUGCCCUCGAAGCAGACUAAUCUACGUUUACAUACACGGUUCAAUGUUGUGGCAAUUCUUGAAUACGGUUGCACAUUAUUGUUCGGGAUCGUGCGGAAUUUGCAUCACUAGUCUUCUGCUUUCAAAUGUUUUCAUUUUCAGUCUUAUGGGUUUUGUGUUUAACGCAAUGGAAUCGAGUGCUUCCGAGAAGAUACGGCAUGGUCUUUGGGUAUCCCUAUUCAAUCAGAUCCUUUUUUUUUGGUGUAUAUCAAAGUCGGGUUCGUAA